AUGGCUAACGUUUUCCCCAUCAGUAGCAGCAGAAACAGAAGAUCAAUACGAACAACAACGGAAUCAAAACCCAAGAAUCUUACGGUGAAGAGGUCAGACUAUUCUUCUUCAGACAACAAUUACUCAUGCAAGAAACAUCCAAAGCACAGACAAUCUCCUGGAGUAUGUUCCCUUUGUCUCAACGAGAGUCUCUCCACAUUGUCUCUCGAUUUCUGUGACAUUAGUUCAAGCAUGAGCUCGUCUUCUUCAAGAAAUGUCGAUAAAACAGUGUCGUCCUCCUCAGCCUCUUCUUCGGAUUCAGAAUCAGAAUCAGAGUAUUCUUCUUAUUACUCUUCGGUCUCUUCUUGUUUAUCUCCUCUGCAACAUCGAUACAGUGAGAUCGUCGUUAAUAAGAAGAAAAAGAAACAUCCCAAGAAACAAAAUUUCCUCUCCAGAUUAUUUCUGUAA